CUUUAGUCACGUCGCUGUCACGAAUUGCAAUUUUUAUAUCAAAAAAAAAAGGUUUAAUCACUAUAUCAAAGGCCUGUACGGUGUCAAAACGUAAAAAAGUGGACAACGAAAAAAAAAAGAAAUAAUUAAAAAAAAAAAAAACCGAAACCUAAAAGCCACGACCUUAUUUGGAAAUAUAAAAGCAUAGGUAUUUCAGUUUGGAUUGGCGCUGUUAUAUAUACAGACAUAUUUUCCACGUACAUAUAUAUAUUUACCAACACACACAUUGAAACAGUAAAAUGACAUCGCUGGAUCAAAAUCGUUUGCAAAACUUUAAAAACAAAGGAAAAGAUCAAGAUGAGAUGCGCCGUCGGCGAAAUGAGGUUACCGUAGAACUGCGCAAAAGUAAACGCGAUGAAACAAUUCUGAAGCGUCGUAAUGUGCCUAACCUCGACUCGAACACAGAUGAGGAUGAGCAGUUACCCAAUUCAAUCAACUUGAAGAAACUUGGCCAGGCCGCAUCCGAUCCAUCAAAACCGGAGCAACAGUUGGCUGCUGUUCAAGCGGCACGCAAAUUGCUGUCAUCGGACAAAAAUCCACCCAUUGAUGAUCUGAUUAACAGCGAUAUAUUGCCAAUUCUAGUUGAAUGCUUGAAGCAACAUAAUCACACAAUGCUCCAAUUCGAGGCCGCAUGGGCAUUGACCAACAUCGCCUCAGGAACUUCUGAUCAAACCAAUCAGGUGGUUGCUGCCGGUGCCGUGCCGCUCUUCCUUCAACUGCUUAACUCACCCGCUCCAAAUGUUUGCGAACAAGCCGUUUGGGCGCUAGGCAAUAUCAUUGGCGAUGGUCCGUUGCUUCGAGACUUUGUUAUUAAGCAUGGCGUUGUGCAGCCGCUGCUGUCGUUCAUUAAGCCAGAUAUACCCAUAUCGUUUUUGCGUAAUGUCACCUGGGUGAUUGUGAAUUUAUGUCGAAACAAGGAUCCGCCACCACCAGCUGCCACAAUUCAUGAAAUCCUGCCCGCACUCAAUGUGCUGAUUCAUCACACGGACACAAACAUCCUGGUCGAUACGGUCUGGGCCAUUAGCUAUUUGACCGAUGGCGGCAACGAUCAAAUCCAAAUGGUUAUUGAUAGCGGUGUAGUGCCAAAGCUGAUACCGCUUCUGGGCAACAAUGAAGUGAAGGUGCAGACAGCUGCUUUGCGUGCGGUGGGAAAUAUUGUAACCGGAUCGGAUGAACAGACACAAGUGGUGCUCAAUUACGAUGCUUUAUCGUAUUUCCCUGCGCUACUGUCGCAUCCAAAGGAAAAGAUACGCAAAGAAGCUGUCUGGUUUCUAUCAAACAUCACCGCCGGCAACGAAUCCCAGGUACAGGCUGUCAUCAAUGUUGGCCUGCUCCCGAAAAUUAUUGACAACCUGAGCAAGGGCGAAUUCCAGACACAGAAAGAGGCAGCCUGGGCCAUCAGUAAUCUUACUAUUAGCGGCAGACCCGAGCAGGUGUUUACAUUAAUACAAGAAGGGGUCAUACCGCCAUUCUGCGAUCUGCUCUCAUGCCAGGACACUCAAGUGAUCAAUGUCGUGCUCGAUGGUCUCAAUAAUAUGCUCAAAGUGGCCGCAUCACACGUUGAGGAGGUUGCUAAUUUGAUUGAGGAGUGCGAAGGCCUCGCUAAAAUCGAACGUCUGCAAAACCAUGAGAACGUUGAGAUCUACAAGUUGGCUUACGAAAUUAUUGAGAAAUACUUUACUGAGGGCGAACAAUCUAAUCUGGCACCGGCCUCUGAUGGCACAGAAUACAGCUUCGAUCCCAAUACAGACAAAGUACCAAUGAAUCCCUUCAACUUUUAAUAGCGUAAACAGAGAUAACACACAUCUAAAUUGAUGUAUACCCCAUUGGUAUAUAUAGAGCAUAUAGCAAUUCAAUUUCGAACGAUACUCUGUGCCCACUUACCAUCUACACCAACAAACUCUGACAGCAAAAAAAAAAAAAAAAAAAAAAAAAAAAAAAAACAAACAAAAAAAAAAAGAAUUAAUGCACAUUCUAUAUGACAGCUUGGUUACACACAGACAUAAAGCCUGAAAUCGUUUGCGCAAAAUAAUAUUUUAUAAAUUCUUUGUUUUGCAAUAUACAUAUUUUAUUAAAGAAAAGUAUAAAGUAAAGCGGUGGAGAAUUUCUUAAAGUUUGUCUGAUGCAUGUUGCGGUAACUAAAUCCUUUUAAGAUUAUUUAUGAUUUCAUUGAAUUGAUUAAGUUAAAAUUUAAAACGUCACUUCCAAAUAAAUAAAUUAAUUUUUGAAAAACAGCUGCAAAGGCGCAAACGAAAUAUUGCAUCUGCAAAAUAUGUGCUAAAUAAUAAGCAAACACCAGAAUAA